AUGGUCCAAGAAUUUGAAAUGACAGAUAUUGGAUUGAUGGCUCAUUUUCUUGGCAUUGAAGUGGCACAAAGAAAAGAUGGAAUUUUUAUUUCCCAAAGUGGCUAUGCCGGGGAAAUUCUUAAAAGAUAUGGAAUGAAGAAUCACAAUCCAAUGAACACUCAUGUAGACAGUGGAGUGGAACUCAAAAAAGGUACAAAGGCAGGUGAUGUGGAUCCAACUUAUUUCAAGAGCUUAGUUGGAAGUCUUUGCUAUCUUACUUGCACCAGGCCAGACAUACGCUAUGGGGUAAGACUGAUUAGCAGAUAUAUUGAAACAACGGAUCAGUCACACCUUUAUGCAGCAAAGAGAAUUCUUCGCUACAUUAAAGGUACAUUCGAUGAUGGUUUAUUCUAUAAACCAACUGAUAAUUUCAGUCUUGUUGGCUAUUCAAAUAGUGACUGA